CCUAUUGGUGAGAGGGGGCUGCGCGCGUCGCGGCUGCGUCCGCCCCUCGCUAGGCGCCGGCGUCGCGAUGGCGCUGGAGGCGCGGAGGAUGGAGGGCGAGGUGGAGGACGGCGAGCUCUCCGACUCAGACUCCGACAUGCCCGGCGUCGGCUCCCCCGGGGACCCGCAGCAGAAAUCACAUGAUGGCAAUGAUGCAGGCAGACCAUUCCAGAGCGGCAUUUCAUCCUGUGCACCAAGUGUUCCUUAUCGGACAACCAAAAGUGUGGAUUCAAGUGACGAAAGCUUUUCUGAAUCUGAUGAUGACAGCUGUCUGUGGAAACGAAAACGACAGAAAUGUUUCAGCUUUUCUCCUGCUAAAUCUGAGCCUUUUCAGGUUAGCCAGAGACACCAAAAACAAACAGCUCUGGGUGGCAAGAAGGUCAACAACAUUUGGGGUGUGGUGCUCCAGGAGCAAAAUCAGGAUGCGGUGGCUACUGAACUUGGGAUUCUAGGCAUGGAUGGUAGUAUUGACAGAAGCAGGCAGUCUGAGACUUACAAUUAUUUAUUGGCUAAAAAGCUGAUGAAGGAAGCUCAGCAAAAAGAGGCAGAGACUUUAGAUAAAGAACUGGAUGAAUACAUGCAUGAUGACAAGAAAACACUGCCAGUAGAAGAAGAAAAUGGGCAAGGCUUUCUCAAGCGGAAGCGGCCUGUGAAAGAUAGACUGGGUGAAAGACAAGAAAUGAAAUAUAAAGGAAGGUAUGAGAUAACAGAAGAAGAUUCAGAGGAAAAAGUGGCAGAUGAAAUUGCUUAUCGGCUUUGUGAACCAAAGAAAGAUUUAAUUGCCCGAGUAGUAAAAAUAAUUGGGAAAAGAAAAGCUAUCGAACUGCUUAUGGAAACAGCUGAAGUGGAACAAAAUGGUGGACUGUUCAUAGUGAAUGGAACUAGGAGAAGAACACCAGGGGGCGUUUAUUUAAACCUGCUGAAGAACACACCUAGCAUCAAAGAAGAACAAAUCAAGGAAAUAUUCUAUCUGGAAAACCAAAAGGAGUAUGAAAACAAAAAAGCUGCUAAGAAGAGGAGAAUACAAGUUCUAGGAAAGAAAAUGAAAAAAGCUAUUAAAGGGCUUAACCUGCAAGAAUACGACGAUGCAUCUCGUGAGACUUUCGCUAGCGAUACGAAUGAGGCUCUGGCUUCCCUGGAUGAUCUACAGGAGGGUCAUCAUGAAGCAAAGAUGGAACCUGAAGAUAUUAUUGAAAUUGAUAACGCUCACGAUUUGGAGAUCUUCUAGUUACUAAUGUUCUUGAUAACAAAGUCUCUGUAACACAUAUUAAAUGAGCCUUUCUUAUAAUCCCAUGGCUUCUUGUUUUCCUAAGAUGCAGAAACAUGGGAAAUAUUUGAUGCUGAAGAACAUGACAUAGUUCUUAGCUAAAUUUAACAGCAUGAAAGAUGUUAAUUGCCCUGUUAUUUGUUUUCUCAGUCCUCAAAAACUGCAAGAUUUUUCUAGGUAACAGUUCUGCAUCACCAUGUUUGUUCCUUAGGAACUUCUUUUAGGCACAUGUUAGGUUUAGGAAUUCAGGCUAGGUUUUAACCAAAUAUAUCGUAUAAUGUGCUGAAGCUAGCAAAGUUAUCAAGUGAGCAAUGCUCCUUCUUACAGUUGAACAGAAAAAACAGUAUAAAGUUAUCUUGGUACAAAAGAUUGUGUGUUCUUAGUAUGGCAGUCUGUUGACAAGACAACAUAGUGUUUAUAGGAUUAAGACCUGUAAAAACAGAUUGCUUUGUGAAAUAAACUUAAUUUUAAUGGUCAGUGACCUUGGAAUAACAGCCUUGUAAGUAAGCAGUGUUGAACAAUGUAUGUUUCCAAUUUCUGAAGCAGUUUCAUCCUUUGUAUUAUAAUAGUGGCUUGAGCUUCCUACCUGUUCUGUCCUGACUUUUUCCAUUAUUAGACACACACACAACUUAUGCAGAUCUUUUUGUUUGAAAACAAAUAUAACUGAAUGCUUUCUGAGUAGUGAGAUUUUACUAACCUAGGUUCCUCUCUAGGGUCUGUAGACUCUAGCUGCAGGUAUAAACCCUUUACCUUGCAAUUCUUGUUUCCAUGACGCUUCUCACGCGUGUGGUAGGAUAAAGUAAUGUGCAGCUUGCAGAAGUUCUAAAGUUUUUUCUAUGCUGACUCUUAAGAAAACAAUAGCAUCCAAAAGAUGAUUUUUUUUUACCUAAUGGAGAAGACUGUUGUGUAGUUUCUAAAUUCAACUGAAGACUUUUAUGUUAAAUGUUAUUAAUAUAACCGAAGAACAUGUGUGACACUGAUCUGUAUAAUGUCUAAAAUACUUUGUCACUAAUAAGUUUUGUUUUCUGUGACUGGAUGCUAUUUUCCAGUAUAAAAUAUAUCUGAAAUAUUAAUGAAUUAAUUCACUUUCAAAACCAAGAACAAACUUCUGCACAUAAAUUUUGUUCAUUUAGAGUCCUUGGAUUUCAGAAGCAAAGCGUAUCACUAAAACACAUAAUGAAGUUAAUAAUAUUGAACUGUUCAGUACUGUCAAGAGCUGGUAUUUCAAGGACUACAAUAGUUGAAGAAAGAGUUCUUAAACAUAUAGCACAUUCCAUUCUAUGCUUCAUUAGAUUUAAUUAGAGUUUUGACUUCUCUGUGUUUUCCUAUUCAGGUGAUAGAGUUCCCUGUUAAGCUGCUCAUCAGGUGUGAAGCGUGCCUUUGAGGGUAGUAGUUGCUCUUGAUGAAAUAACAAAAGGGUUUGAUUUGUUCAUUAACUUUCCUAACAAACCUAUGAUUGUCAGAGUACUAAACUGAUAACUCACGUAAGGGAAACAGGAUUUUGUACUAUUUAAUUAGUUUGGGACUGUACCAUUUGAUCCUAGUUUGGGUAACUGCUUGGGAAUGUCGUAUAACAAUUUCCUGCAUAGAAUUAGCAAAUUUUAAUGGUGUUUUAAAUAAUUUUUUUAUUGUUAUGUAAUUUGCUGCUAAUAAGCACAGUGUAAUUUUUAAAUGUUAAUAUUUUUAAUGUUCAUUUUUCCGGUAGGGGAUAUUGAAACAAUGUAUAGUCUUCUCUUUAACAAAAGGAAGAUGAUACAGAGUGCCCAUUCCUUCCUUCCAGUGUCUGUUUGACUGACCUUUGCUUAACUUCUGUUUUUUCCUCUGUUUUUGUAUUUUCUUUGCCUUUCAACAAGACUCCUUUCAGAAGGAAGCCUGUUCAAAAUGAUGAGCAACUAGUCUUUGUUCCCAUUACACCAGUGAUUCCUUUUUCCUUACUGCUGGCGUCAAAAAGAUGGCAUUAAGCAGCAGCAGUUGUUGUGUAGCACUGUAGUGUCUGCAGUUGAGCUUUGGUUUGUUACUGGAGCUGCGGGGCUGAUCCUCCCUGCUCUGCAGCCUGGCACAGGCCGCUGCCCUCUUCUCUGGGAUGCAUGUGGUUUUGCCAGUGGUUGGUGGUGGCAGCCUGGUGGUGGCCACAUGAUGAGUCCGUGUGCAACAGAGUGUGGGGCUUGUGUCAGGAAGCCUUGGGUUGGGCAUGGGCAGUGCCGGAGCUGAGGAGCCCGGGGCUUUGGAGUCUGGGGCGGGGAUAGGGACUGAUGCAGGUGUGCAAGGGUGAGAAGGACCAGGCUGCGAUGUUCCUGCAUAUUGCUAAAGAUCUGGCUCUUUACUCUGUAUCUGACUGAGAUUGAUGGAGGGUGUUGAGGUAACGGUGGAGGUCAUUUUCGUCUUCCUCAUCAAACAGUUUUGCAUUCCACCUUCUUUAUUUUCUUCCCCCAAAACUACUGCAAGAGUAGGAAGCGUGGGUAAGGCUAGAGGCUCCCUUUCUCAGCUCCCACAUAGUCAAUUUGUUUAGUCUGUCCUGAGCUGAUGCUUGCAGAGAGAGCAGCUCUAUGGUGCCUGUUAGUCGACUAUGGCUUGCCACUGAAGGGGAUUGUGUGGGCAUUGUUUUGAGUGGGAACAGAUAUGCCUGGCUGUUCAGAUUCUAGUAGCUGAGCUUUUACAGACAAAAAUACAAAUAUAAGGCUUGGGGUCUGUGUUCUUCAGUUUCUCUGUUGGGCAGAUGUGAUAGAGGCAUCAUAUUUACUGCAAAUGUAGACUGCGUACUGCCGGGACAAAUAUCACCCUCUAUUCCUUAAGCUGUAGCAGUGCAAUAAGGCAUCUCUGUCAUGCCUGAAGCAGACAAUGAAAAUGAGGGAAACGUGCUUUCAUUUGAAAACACAAGCUUGUUUGUAACCAAAGACGUUUUUCUUCCUUAUAUCCCAAAUUCAAAUAAGAAAGCAAUGCUUUUUGGUAUCACAGGGAAAAUUUAACUUAUUAAUGAUUCAGUUCUGCAGUGCAUCACAAAAGCAUCACUUUAAGUAUAAUUACAAUAUUACAGAUUCUCCUUCCUCUUCCAAGUAGAUGAUCUUGUUACCUGAAAUAAAAGCUCUUGAAACGAAAAGUAGCUUAGAGAGGAGAUACUGCUUUAUUCGACGUCAGGUGCUGGGGGGGAAAACCCACAAAUCUAGCACACCUCACCAGGGAUAUUCACCCAUUAUUUAUACACAAAAGAGUCUCAUCAUUCUGCCUACCUAAUACAGAACUCCACCUAGGCUGACACAUGCUUUAGUAUGACCAAACAGCCUUUUUGCACAGGCAUAUUAAAUUUUGCUGUGGCGCCAAAACACUUCUGCACAGGCGUGAGCUUCUCAAGGAGACCGUUCCUCACAUUAUCCUUUUAAGCUAUUGAGUCUUCUCAGGACUGUAAAAGUUUACUGUAAGUUUGCCAACUUCUUGAGGAUGAUAAGGAUGUUCCUUGAAGUAGCCACAGCUCUAUCCUAAUCAGUACAGGAGUACAUACUUCAUGCGUAAAAGAACCUUGAAGUGAUUAACCACUUCUUGUUUUCUUGUUUCUUGACAGGACAAGGGGUAAUGGGCACAAACUUGGACAUAGGACGUUCCACCUAAACAUGAGGAAUUUCUUUACUUUGAGGGUGGCAGAGCACUGGAACAGGCUGCCCAGAGAGGUGGUGGAGGCUCUGUCUCCGGAGACAUUCAAAACCACCCUGGACGCGUUCCUGUGCAACCUGCUCUAGGUGACCUUGCUCUGGCAGGGGGGUUGGACUAGAUGAUCACCAGAGGUCCCUUCCAACCCCUACUGUUCUGUGAUUCUGUGAAGAAGGAGAGGAAGGGGAAAACAGCAAUAACAAGGUGGAAAGGUGAUCUGAAAAGUGAAUGAAAAAAGAUGACUACAUGAAUUAUGACAAUUGCUGUUAUGGAGAACUUGAAUUCCUUUUAGUUUGUUGGACUAAAGGUGUGGAGUGGUUGACUGGGUAAUAAAAUUAUGAGGUUUUUUAAAAGGUGGGUUUUUUUCAAUCUGUCAUAAAAUCUUGCUAUGGCAACCUUCAUUACUUAUCCCCUUAACUUAUGUCAUCCUCUGCAGCUGCUGCAGUUUUGUCACUGAAAAGUCUGCCAGAGGCACUUUUUUAAAGCUUAGUUCAAUGGAUAAGGGCUUACUUGGUACCCCAGUCCUGUUCCUAAUUCUUACUGGUCAGCAGCAUGUCAAAGCUAAAAGUCUAUUUCUGAACUAUUGUUGUACCUCACUGAUUCUGGGAAUGUCCAGUCCUAGAGCCUUGGCAUCGUAGUUUGUUCAAGGGAUUCAACAGCCUGUCGGAGACAAUGAUUGGAGUUUCCUAGGGCCUCCUCCUGGAUUCAGCAGGCAGCUGGAAAGCAUGUUGCACAGUGGCAACCAUUGCAGCAAUGGUGGCCUCUUGAGAAUUUGGACCUACUGCAUGCUAACUCAUUUGUGAACCUGCCAGGCCCUAGGAAGUUCUUGAAGAAUAAAGCUUCCCAAUAUCUAGAAAGGACAUAUUUGAAGCUUUCUUAUCUCCUUAUCUGCAAUAUUGAUAGAUGCCACUCCUUCAGAAGGAGGAAGGAACACCCAACUGUGAUAGUUUUAAUAUGUCCCAGCCAAACACAUUUCUAGAAUCAUGAACAUCCAGACAUAAAUACUGACGAAAGACAAAUACUUGCCUCAAGUUAUAACAGGAGACUCUACACACAAGUUAGGUAUUCUAGAUACUAUCUUUUAGCUAAUUUGUAUGUUUGUCUGUUUGCUUUGUUUGAGCAAAGAGACUAAUUCUUCAGUUAUUACAAAAAAAAAAAAAAAGGCAAACCAACAUUUUUGUGCCAUUAGAUAAAUACAGAAAAAUCUUGUGUUGAAAACUUUUCCCUGGAAAGAUUUUUUUUCCCCUUGAAAUCUUAUUUGUGAUUCAGUAUACCAGAAUUCUUGUCCCUUUGAAAAGUAUUCUCAGUUGCACAUUUUUUAUUUGCUCCCUAAUUUUUUCAUUUUUUCUACAAGUUUUUUUUUUUACAUGAUAGUAUAGCUAUUUACAGUAAUUCUUUUAUAUUUGUUGUUUAGUUACCACUGACGAGUUUUUCACUGACAGCCUUCAACCACUGGAAUGUCUCUAUUCAGCAUGCAGAACUUGCUGAAAUAUAUACUGGAGCUCUGGAAGACAGUUUGGUCUUGGAGCACCAGGAAUGACUUUGCCAUGGAGAUUGAAGAAAAAGCCUCCAAGCAAAAAUAAAUGUCUUGGGAAACGUUAAUUGCUGAUUUCCUCAUACAUUCCCUUGUUUCCAGAUACUGGGGAACUGUGAUUGCUCUUGCGUGCAGAAAACUCAUGACCUGCUUUUUCCUCUUAUAAACAAGCUGGAACAUAUGUGUAUAUAUGUGAUGUUUAAAUGCCAUACAAAAUUACAUCAAACUGUUGUGUGGACUAUUUUCUUUACAGACAAAAGUCAAAAAAAACUGCCUUAAUAUUGACCUGCUGUCCUUGUUAAAGAAUAUGAGAACCCAAAAUAUUUUGGACGCAAGAUUUUGGUGGAAAAGCAGAAUGUCCAUGUAGACAUACAGGAGACGGGUAGCAUCCCAGUCCUAUGUUGUCUCCUUCUUGCAAAGUCCUGGUGUCUUUCUUCUGUUCCUCCUCUAUCUGCUGGAAGUGACCCUGUUCAUUUUUUUCUUGUCCUUCUGGAGAUGUUAUUGUGACACACCUUAGCUGUUGUGGCUUUCUUUUUAACUUGUUUAAGCAGUACUCAUAUUUCCCUGCCUAACUGAAACAUAAAUAAAACACUCUUAUCUUCUCUGUAGCAGGAAUAAAUUAUUCCCAAGGCUACUAUAGCAAACUAAGAUUUUCUUAAGGAAGAAUUUCUAAUCUACAGUCCCUGACACUUUUUAAAAGAAAAGCAGGCAAAUGCAGAAAGAUUCUCAUGGGCCAUAAGGGGAAAAUGUGCUGAAGAAGUAAGUGAAGAAUAAGCUGAAGUAAACAAUAGUAUAAAACAAAUGAACUCCACAAACGACAGCAGCUGGUUCCAGCCAUUCAAAUGCCUUCCCUGUAGAGCUGUCAGCCUAAACCAGAUGCGUACAUCAAAGACGAGGUGUGAUUCAAUUUUGGCUUGUGAUUCUCUCACCACCUCCUCAUUGUGGAAAUACCACAUUGUCAAGCUGGAGGGAGGGAAGUGGGAAAUCUAAGGAAAAAAAUUUUGCAAAAGUUUGAGUAUUUCAUAAGUUUUCCAGAAAAUGUUUUUAAUAUCCUGGAUACCUAUUUCGCUUUUGCCUUCCGUGAUACAAGUAAGUUUCUCUAUUGUAAUGUAUGUCUAGAUAAUUUAUUAUUGUCUUUUA